AUGUUAGAGGAAGUGAGAGGUUAUGUCAUGAGGAUUUUGGCAAGAAACAAGAAGGCAUUUGUUGGAUAUCAUGGUAGAAUAACCCUUGUGCAACAAAGUCGUUUGGAAAUGGAGAAAAAAGAGAGCAACUAUUGGAGGCCCUUUCCCUCCGGUGAUGAAGAUGGGAAUGUCUAUGAGGUUCAAAGGUUACCUGUGAAGACUGGUCAUAACAGCAGAGGAUGUGACAAGAAGAAAGAAGCUAUGGCUAGCGGAAGAGCUGCAGCAGGUAGUGGUAGUCAGCAUCAGGGUGCAGCAGCAACAACUGAAGGUAUGGCUGUUGAUGAUCUUGAUGAGGAUGUGAAUGUUGAUGAUCUGAACUGUGUGAAUCCUUUUGAAGAACCUAUGGCAGUAAGACCUCUACCUUCUAACUCCUCAACUGCAUAUGUGCCACCUAGACCUAUCAUGAAUUCAACCAUGUCCAAGAGACCAAUUAGGAGGAAAAAUGUUAAGAGGCCACCACCGUCACAACCUUCUCCCCUCAGACCUGCCCCACCACAACCUACUCCCAUAACGCCUACCACACCACAACCUUCUGUUGUUAGGCCUGCAUCACCAACUAACCAACCUCCUCCAAAAGUUACCAAACAAACAAUGCAUGGUGCAAGUCAAGGAACGACUACAAGAUUUAUGCGAUUUAUGCCAACUCCACCAUCCACAAUUCAAACAGCAGGCAGAUGGCCAGCACUUGGGUUCCGCCCACCACCAGGAGCAUCUUCAAGUAGCAACAACAACGGAGUUUCUAGUGGCAGUAGCAACUCCACACCCAACAAAUAG